AUGACACGUGCAGGCCUCAAAAGUGCCUUGGCGGUCGCCACGCAUUCUAGCAAAGACGAAGCCAACAAAUCCGGCUCAUCCGAAUCAAGUAACUCGCCUGUCCCCAUCGACACUCCAAUGUCUGCGGAACAUCUGCUCUGGCACAUCUACCACUUCUGCAACAUUCUUACGAUGAACAUCACCGCCUACCUCUCUCUUGAAGCCAUCACCAACGACACAUACUACUUCAACGAGACCAUGGGCGAAGACUCUCUGCAACAGCUGCACAAGCAAGUGGAACUCAUCACCUUCCAUUCAUACUCCCUCUCAGACGCCAAAGACGCCCUUCUCAAUAAAGACGCUUACAAAAAUCUCUAUGCAUCAGCACCGGAGUUUCAAGCGCUUCUGCAAGCUGCAGACCUGCUAUUAGAUCUUGCCGACACGGUUCAAAUUCCGAGAAGUCCUUUAUGGCGUUAA